AUGAAAAAGUCCUCAAAUACUGGUGCUCCAAAACCAGAUAGUCAGCUCUCAGAAAAAAUCCACAAGACACAUUCGGCACGUGCUGCAAAGAUAAAGGCAAGAAAAGAUUCAGCAAUAAAAAUACAGAAAGCCUGGUUCAUUUAUGUGGACAAAACAUUGUUUAAACUCCUAAAACAUGCAAUUUGUGCAGCGGAAUAUUGUGUGGCACAUGAAUUACUGAAGAAAGUAAGCCCAAUAGAGGCUGCACUUGCAAAAGAUCCUAGCAUCAAGUGUAAAGUCAGAUUCAGAUUUUGUGGUGAAACAUUUCCACCGUUCAUCGUGUUUAAAAUUUUUUUAAAAAACAAUGGUCAUGGUUACAAGUAUUUCAGUGGGAAAGAUAUGCUAAAGCCAUCAAAUAAGGCAGUGGCUGAUUCUUAUAAGAUAAUGGGGAAAAGGACAUUUUCUCAACAAAUUUUGGAAGAUGAGCAUUUUUCCCAAAAGUUCAAAGUAGCCGAUCGUAUGGAUGUUGUCACAGUAAAAGAUUAUAUUCAAUACUGCAGUCUUAUGGACGAGAUCCCUGCAUCUUCUGGUGGCAAGAAUAACUGCUGGCGAAGAUUAAAUCUCAAAAGCAUCCCCAAGACAAUGAUGAUGUACGACAUAGUUGAAUAUGCAGAGUCUGGAGUAAUCUCAACCCGUUUACAAAAAGAAAAAAAGUAUUUGUUACAGAAACCACAAACAGAAGAGAUGAGUCAGCACCAGCUAGAGAUUGUUUCUAGAGUUAGGUGUCCACCCAUUACAACUGUUGCUCCUUUUUACCAGCCCUGGGAAGAGCAAGGUAAAAUAAAACAUCUGGGCCGUCGAUCCAAGCGAGCAAAAAAGAAAGUUGAAAAAAUGAAACAAGCCUAUAUGUCCGCUAAAGAAGAAAAGGCUCCCUCCAAGGGAGCACAAGCAGACAUAUUACAAGCAAAAGAAAAGAAGGUCAUCUUCUAUUCUCCAUCUUUUGAAAUUGUGGCAAUUGAAGAACCCAUAACAGACUCAAAACUGGAUAAAGAAGAAAGGGAAUUAUUUGCCUGGUAUCAAGACCUCUAUCUUAAACAUUCCUCAUUGUUUUAA